AUGGAACUCCAACUCCAAAAACAACAAUCUCUCUUAUCUCCAAUCCAAUCAACCAAAUUCAAAUCCAAAUCUAAAGCCGCCGCGGCCGCCGCCGGCGGCAACAAGUUCGUUGGCGUCCGUCAACGGCCGUCGGGGAGAUGGGUUUCCGAGAUCAAAGACACCACUCAGAAGAUCCGCAUGUGGCUCGGCACCUUCGAAACUGCCGAGGAAGCCGCCCGGGCCUACGACGAAGCCGCCUGCCUCCUCCGCGGAACCAAUACCCGCACCAAUUUCUCCACUCGCCGCCCCAACUCCGCCGCCUCCUCUGCCGUUGAUUCCCCUCUCGCCACCCGCAUCCGUAAACUCCUCCACCACAAGAAACUUGCUGGCGCCGCCGUUGGCAGUGGCAGCAGCGGAGGCAGCCCGACCAGUUCCGCCUCCACCACCACCGACAGCGGUGGCAGAAAACAAACCUCCUCCCCUGCAACCAGAGAGAACUACCAAGAAGUCUACCGGCCGUACUUCGCCGCCGACUUCAAUCUCGCCUCGUCGGUUCCGGAAUCAUCUUCGUCUUCUUCCUGGGCAUUCGAGGCCAUGUUCGACGAGUUCGAACUCAGCAAAAGCAUCGAUUUUGAUGCCGCCGGUUGCGGCGGCAGCGAAGCCGCUGCGGCCGAGGUGUCGGAAUUCGAAAGAAUGAAGGUGGAGCGGCAGAUAUCGGCUUCGCUCUAUGCCAUGAAUGGAGUUCAAGAGUACUUUGAGGCUGUUCAAGACCUGUCUUCUUCUUCCUCGUUGGCGUCGGCGCACGUUGAUCCAGAUUGGGAUCUUCCAGCGCUAUACCAUUUUUACUGA